AUGAAUGAUUGUAACAAUUUUUUCGAACCAUUGAAAGCUGGUUUCUUGCAUUAUCAAGGCCUUACAAGGUCCUUCUGCCAUGGGAAGAUCUAUUGCUCCUCCAUUACAGCAAGACUAGUGAAUUUAAAAAUUGGGAUCCCAUGGGACAAAUUACAAAUUUUACCCCUCAACCAAAAGAUCAGCAUUGCCGGAGUUAAUGUGACAUGCUUUGAUGCAAAUCACUGCCCAGGUUCCAUCAUAUUACUUUUCGAACCACUCAAUGGUAAGGCUGUUCUACACACGGGGGAUUUUCGUUUUAGUGAGGAAAUUGCAAAGAUCUCUGAUUUGCAGAAGUGUUCUAUUCAUACUCUCAUAUUGGAUACCACUUAUUGUGACCCGCAGUACGACUUUCCAAAGCAGGAAGCUGUAAUUCAAUUUGUCAUUGAAGCCAUCCAAGCAGAAGCUUUUAAUCCAAAGACUUUAUUUUUGAUUGGUAGCUACACGAUUGGAAAAGAAAGGUUGUUUGUAGAGGUUGCUCGUGCUCUCCGUAAGAAAGUCUAUGUCACUGCAGCAAAACUCCGGUGUUUGGAAUGCUUGGGGAUCCCUGAGGAAGAUAUGAAGUGGUUCACAUUAAAUGAACAGGACAGCCAUAUUCAUGUUGUUCCCAUGUGGACACUUGCAAGCUUCAAACGAUUGAAACAUAUGUCUAAUCAAUAUAUGGUCAUCUUUGAUGACUUACUCACACCUUGGUCAUCGUUUGAUGCCAUUUCCAACUUCUCGUGA